UGUACCGGUUGUGUCCGUGCUUCCUCCAGGUUGGUUGGUGAGCGCGCACCGCCCCGCCCGACAAUCAAACAAUCGGAAUCACCCUCACAGCUACAGAGACUAUUACAGAUCCAUCUGUUCACUCCAGUUGCCACGACUGUAUCUGUAACUGUCUUUUGCUGUCCCCUUCGAAGCAACACUCUUCUCCGAAAGGCCAGUCAGUGAUAGAAUAGAUUGCGAAGUAUUCGUCUCCCUGUAACCAUCCGUAUAUGUGCAGUGCUUUUGAAGUGUGUUGAUCUCUUGACGAGGAGUGCGUAGCGCGCGAUGAUGGACAAUACGGGAAUGGACUCAGAUCAUAGUAGCCACGCGUCUUCCGGAUCCCCGGCUGUAGCCGUCAAACCACCAUCCUCUCCAAUCAACAAUAACAACAACAAUAACCACAAUCAAGUGCACAGUCCGCGUCAAGCCAGUCCCCUAGGUCCUCCGAUGUCCAUGGCACAUCCACUAAGUCCGCCGCCGGUGUCCACAGCCAAUUUGGUCAGAAGCAUGGGUCUUGGCCAUCUUCAUCCCCCGGGUCUCGGACUCCUGAACUCACUCGGUGUUUUGCACAAUCCCCUGGACCUGAUGGCUCACCACGGUCCACCGCGUUCCUACAACAGUCCGCCGCCGAUCUCCACCUCAGACCCAACUGCCAACGAGUGCAAACUGGUAGAUUACCGCGGCCAAAAGGUCGCCGCUUUCAUAAUCGCCGGCGACACGAUGCUGUGUCUGCCGCAGGCCUUCGAACUCUUCCUCAAGCACCUGGUCGGCGGCCUCCACACAGUUUACACGAAGCUCAAGCGCCUCGACAUCGUCCCCUUAGUCUGCAACGUGGAACAAGUGCGAAUCCUUAGAGGACUCGGCGCCAUCCAGCCGGGAGUCAACCGCUGCAAGCUGCUCUCCUGCAAAGACUUCGACACCCUCUACAGAGACUGCACCACAGCCAG